AAGGACUUUGGCUUUGUGUUCUGCUCUCACGUGAAAGUAGGUCGGAGAAGGUUUAAUUUGCAGGUCCAUUGCCAGGAUACUUGGGAAGUUUGACUGAGUUGUACGUCUCUUCUGAAGUAUCAAAAGACUUGAUUUAACUGACAACGUGAGAAGGGAAGGAAAAUGGAGGGUGACGAAAGACCAGAGAAACGAAGAAAGCUCGAUGAUAUCCACGACUUACCCGGACCCAUAAAAAGCCAAUUUCCUCAGGAGCCCGGUUCUCAAGUAAGCUUGGGAGAAGGUAAAAGCAAUUUACCUCGAGUCCUGGUCAACAAACUGACCAUCAGUCAUGACGUCGUCGGGAGACUACGGCGGCUCACGAAAUGUUGUGGGAAAAGGGUUACCGCUGAGAAAAUGGAAAGUCUUGUUGCGAAGGAUGGGUCAAACGCUAACGGAGAGGAAAUGACUAACGGGAAUCACAACAGAAGAGAUAGUGAAAGUUCACCUGAAGAGAUCGGAUGUAAUGAAUCUCCAGAUAGAGAUUGCAAGAAAGGUCUACCACCACAUCAAAAUGGUAUGAAACACACGGAAACCGCCGUCGUAGACAAGGGAGACAAAUUUGAGGAUGGUACUAACAAUGAAAAACAGGCCGCUUCUGAUUUCCUUAUAUUCAAACAGGUGUUGAAAGAAAUAAUCGAACAGCGUACCAAGGUCGUUGAAGAAAAAGUGGCAGCGAAUUCACUGAAACUUCAAAAUCGUAUACGGGAGCUGGAGAGGGAAAACAGAGAACUACAGUGGAAUGCAAGAAGAAUAUUUACCGCCUUUCGACAAUUAUUGAUAGAGAAUGAAAAAAGAAAAGAGCCAAGAACAUCGCGCGGAGUUCAAGUGGGCAGCAUCUGCGAAUCGGCCCCUGAACAAGAAGUCUUGGAAAGUACACUUCACACAACCACUGCCAGAGAGAUAAAUGGUCUGAGCACAAAUCUCACGUCGACCUCAGUGGCUCCUCUGACUUCUACUGCAUCAAACGUUGUGACACCAGCAGAAGAUCCACAGUCGUCUCUUCAAGCAGCGCCAAGAGUGUUGUUAAAUUCGCAACAACCGUUGACAGAGAAGCCGGCACCCACCGAUGUUGUGUACACUGUAAAACCCAGGCUUGCUCAACUUGCAGAACAGCAGAAUGGUAUCAACACUCACAACCGUUUCCAUGCUUCCCGUCCAUCAGCAAAUGAAUCAAGGGCGGUUUUUUUACAAGGAGAACCAGGACAAUCUUCAGAAUCAAUAGCCUCCAAAGCAUUCAGCCAGCCUCCUCUGGCUGUGCAACAUCAAGCAAAAUCUCUUUCGGAACUGAUUCGUGAAAAUCAGCUUAAGCUACGCCAGCAAACGCAACGUCUACAACGACAGCAGCAACUGGAACAGCGACGCACAUCGCAUCCGUUAGUGCAAUCAACACAACAACACCCAUCUGAAACUACAGCUUCCCUUUUACAACAAUUGCAACGCAAGCAACAACUUCAGCAACGGCAACAACACUAUCAAAAACUGGUGGAACGCCAACCCCAUACUACACAUCUACCAACAUCCAGUCAAAUAACUGAUCACGUCACACCCACUUUCUCGGUCUUUUCCACACAAAAGCAACUAGAUUCCACACCAGAACAACAACAAAAAUUGCAGUCCCAAUUAGUCAGACCUUUAGAUGAAUCGCAGGAAAUGCGACACUCGGCUAAUUCUCCUGUUGCCUUUCUACAGCGAAGAAAUAAUUCAGCGAUUUAUCAAAGAUCAUCACCAAGUCACAUGCAUUUUGUGGUCAACUCACAGACCAAGACAAUGUCAGUUCCCUCGCACUCGCCAGUCAUGUUCAAUACAAAACAGAUUGAUGAAGUCUUGAAACGCAAUGAAACAGCUUUGCCUCCAAAUGGGAAGAGUUCAGUCUACAAGGAAACCGCUCAACACGAAUCUCCAUCCCAGUAUACUUCUUCGAAACAGGCCAUUAUUAAUAUUCAAAGGUCAAACUUAGCGAACUCAAAGCCUCCUGUCCAGAAUCACAUCAAUAAACGUCACGUCCCCCACGAACGACUUGUAUCAUCAGCACAGCCUGCCGCAGUAGCUAUAAUGGAAAACUCGGUUGGGCGAGGGCAAACUAAUACAACUUCUCAGCGCCACGUAUCCACUGACAGAUUUCAUGCUCGACCAAAAUCAAUCGGUAUGCAAAAUCAAGUGCAGCAUCCAAGCUCUCAACUGCAGAAAAAUAUACAAUCACGACAGCCACCUCAAGUUGCAACCCAAAUGCAGAACACAACUGAAACUAGGGGUGAACAGGUUUCUUCUCCCCUUUCUUCGGCGGAAAUCACCAAACACAAACCAACUCAAUCGGAUACCGCAAGCAUGCAGCAGACUAUUUUAGUUCCAGCUCGCAAAAAACAUACCAGUAAAGAACUCCUUCCUUCUGGUUACAGAUUCUCGCUUCCAUCACCCGAAUAUCUUCUUCAGCGUCGGAAGUUAUAUGAACAACCGCAAAACCGUGCUCAACCGCUGACUUCCCAAGUUAGACAGGUAUCCAAGGCUCGUUCCCUUGAAAAUAACUCUUCGAAUGAGAGAAUUAUGGUCUCUUCGACGCAUUCUGGUGGACAUGCAAAUGCUGUAUAUACGAUGCAGUCUUCCAAAGUUCACACCACAGCCAUCCCAACUCGACCAUUCCAUCAAAGUGGGCACCGCGAUGGUGUACCAGGUCAGUUGCCUCCUCCGGACGCCCAUGCCCCUUUUAAUUAUCGACCAUCGGAGAAUCUGUUGUUGCAGAAGAAGCAACAUGAAAACCUUCCCCAGUCUCGUAGCCAGUUAUACAAACCACUUAAAGGACAAGAACAAGCUAACAAACCUAUAGCUACAGUAACAAACGAAGGUGAAAAUCUUCCAAGUAACGUGCCGUUUCUUCAUAGGCCUCCCAUUCAAUCCCCAGGAAUAUCCUCAAGUGAUCCGCGUAUUGAGAAGAAUCACUGUGAAGCUGAAAAAGCAAGUACAGUAAACACUUUAGCCCCAAAGAGUUCUCUAAACGAUCAAGGAGAUGCAUCGAAACCUCUUCCUAAGCCGUCAGCGUCGAUUGCUGCGAGGGAGAAAGGAAUUGUUCUUUCUUGGAAUAUGGAACAUGAAGACACUUCAGUCAGAGUAGAUAAUUACGAGCUGUUUGCAUGCCAAGAUGUCGACGAAGACAAAGGGCAACCAAUCAAGUGGAAAAAGAUAGGUAUUGUGAAAGCUCUUCCACUUCCAAUGGCUUGUACACUCACUCAGUUCUCUUCUGGCAGCAAGUAUUUCUUUUCUGUUCGAGCAGUAGAUGAAAAUGAACGAGCUGGUCCAUUUAGUGAUCCGUGUACUGUCUCACUGUUUAUCUUGAAUGAGAUAAGGAAAGAGAUGAGGUUACUUUUCCUUAUUUUUGUGAUAGCCUGGAUUUACCCACCGGUUUAUUCAGCUCCGCCGUUUGACGUUCGCAUUGGAAGAGAGCUCUCAUCAAGACCUCAUAAGAGACAGGUUGCAUAUCAAGGAUACCCAGGUUAUCCAGGGUACACGUCUACCACGUCACAGAAGACUUCAAACCAGAAAGUUGCGACACAACAGACGGGCUUCACAUCUUCACAAACCUUGAACUCAGCUGAUUGGAACGGAAGUCCCGGAGCAACAAUUGCCUCAACUUCGACAGCGCAGACAGGACAACAGCAACUAGCAACCCAAACCGGUGCUGAGGCUGUUUCAGUUCAGAACAUCUAUAACACUUCCUAUCCUUCUUUGUCAGCUGCUGAAAAUUCAUACCUUAACAAUAGCUCCUUUGCACAAGACGCGACACAAUCAUCAGGAAAUUCAUACAACAACACUUCAGCAGCUUCAGUUGCUACUAAUUCAACCCUUGGCGACAGUUACCCCGUAUACUAUGUGUCAAGCUAUCAAGAGCCGACUACACAGCAGUCGAUUUCACAGCCUUCAUCAAAUGCAACGACAAAUUCAUCUCCUUCCUUAUCUACACCAAUAACUGCAUCGUCAGCGCGUAUUAAGGAUGAUAGUUAUCCAGUAUACUACGUGACUAGUCCUAACGGCGAAAGGCAACAAACACCUGGAAACAGCGAUAACACCUCGAUCCCUGAGAAAUCAACAAAAACUGUUUUUCCAAAUAAUGGUACUGAUAAUUAUCCAAUCUACUAUGUGAGCAGCUAUAACAAUGCCACCACUCAGAAAACAACGGCUGGUGCAGUCAACAGAACUGAUGCUUCUGACAGUUAUCCUGUCUACAAUGUGGUCAGCCCUGAAGCAAGCAAGGACGGUGUGAGUGAACCAUCAAAUACCAAGGUUCCCAACUCACCCGUUACUUAUAAAAUAAUUAACAGUUCUGUCCCUUCUUCAAUGCCAUCCACUAAUGCCCAUUCUACAGCUGGUAACAGUAACUAUCCCACUGCUCCUAUAUCAGCACCGGUAUCACCACCAGCAAAUAGUGCCUAUAACUAUCCAUCUUAUCCUGCAGCUCCUGCUCCCUACGGUACAGGCAGCCCAUCAUCCUCGAAGCCCUACGGGUCCCCCGCAAGUGCUCCCUCUCCAGCAAUAUACCAAGGCUACGGAACAUCAUCAAACUCAGCGUAUCGAGGGCCAGCGCCAGCACCAGCACCAUAUCCUGCACCAAGCUAUUAUAGGUACCCAGCCAGUCGACCAUCUGCAUCACUAUCAGCAGUUCAGUCACAUGCACAGGGUUCAAACAGCUACAAUACUUCCACAGCUCAAUCCCCAGUCGCAGCAACAGCAACAGCCCCAGAAACUGCCCCAGCUCCAGCUCAGGCUCCAGCUCCAGCUCAAUCUUCAUUUCCAUCAGCCGUACAAACGCCUGCACAGUCUUCAACCAGCUCGUAUGCUUCCACAGCUAAAUCGCCAGCCCCAGCUCCAGCUCCAGCACCAGCUUCAGCUUUAGCCUCUUCUUCAUCUUCAUCAAAUGUGCAGACAUCUGCACAGGCUUCGACCAGCUCGUAUACUUUCACACCUCAGUCCUCAGCCCCUGCCUCGGCUCCAGCGCCCACUCAAGCUCUAACACCGGCCUCAGCACCGGCUCCACCUCCAGCUCCUGCUUACCUUCAGGCUCCCGCCCCAGCACUGACACCAGCUUCAGCUUCUGCUUCAAAUCCAGCUUCACCUGCAUCUUCUCCUCAAAUCUCAGGCGUGGCAUCUCCUCCUCCUCUUUCCUCAGAAGCUAAAUCCCCUUCUUUUUCGGUUGAAAAUCAGACGACUUCUCCUGUUCAAGUCUUCAACACUCCCACCUCCCAUUCUAACCUGAGCUCACAAGAAAUUCUUAAUUCGGAAUACGAAAACGCAUCAUAUGUCAUCGCCACUCCUCCUGAAAAAGAAACAAUCCUGUUUCUUCCUUCUCCUUCUUUUCCCCUGUCUUCACAAGCUACUGAAUCAGCAAGUUCUAAAAACGCAAAUAGUUCAUCUUCUCAACAAAAGAAUCAACCAUCUCUUCUAAAUGCCACUAUUUCUAAACCCCAAGCUCUGGCCAAUACAACAAAGAUCAUUGCCAUUCCUGCUUCUAAGCCAUUAGUCCCUUUAGUGGCUAUGAAUAAUACCAACACAAAACAAACCUCAAGUGCUUCGCUGCCAAUCAUUCCCAAAAACAUUAGUUUUCCUGUUUUCAGAAACAUGACAGACAUGUCUAACACAUCUUUCGGUGAAGCUACUUAUAGCCCUCUCCCAGCCCCAACGGACGGACCAAUAAUCGAGAUACCACUAGCUUCUGAGCAACAGGUUCAUUCCCCUUCAGUAGUCAUGACGAAACCGCCUCCGUCGUACCUACCAACAAAACCUCCCCCUGCGGCUCAUUCUGUGCCGGUGGUGACAAAACCCCCUGCUUCUUUUGGAGCCCAUACAACUGCUAAGCAUAAGGCGAAAGAGUGGGGCUUUGACGACAAGUAUCUAGCCUCUCAAAAUAAACGUGCUCGCCAUAGAAACGUAAUAUUUGACGGAAUUGCCGGAGACAGUCAAUCCUUCAGCAACUAUCAAGUUUUAAGUCAGCAAGAUGUAUUCUUCCCAAGAAAUGGAAGGAAACGAAGAAAUGUACCCAUCACUUAA